AUGGAAGUGCUAUCUGUGAGCACAGAGUGUUUAUAUUUAAUACCCGUAAAGCAAGGUUUUAGUUAUACAGGGGGAAUAUUCUCUGUAUUUCAGGGCCUCUUUGGAGUUCCUGAGCUCAGUGCCCCAGAAGGAUUUCGUAUCGCCCAGGAGACGGCCUUGAGAAAGGCGGACGAGCUGGUGGAGCGGGUGUGCUCCGUGCCACCUGGGCCCCAGACGGUGGCCAUCUUCGACGAGCUGUCCGACUCCUUGUGCAGGGUGGCCGACCUGGCUGACUUUGUGAAGCUCGCUCACCCCGAGGCUGCCUUCCGAGAGGCGGCUGAUGAGGCCUGCCGGAGCAUCGGCACUGCGGUGGAGAGGCUGAACACAAAUGUGGAGUUACAUCAAAGUCUGCAAAAAUUACUAGCUGAUAAAAAACUUGUGGAUUCUCUUGAUCCAGAAACCAGGCGAGUGGCUGAACUGUUUAUGUUUGAUUUUGAAAUCAGUGGGAUCCAUCUAGACAAAGAAAAGCGUAAGAGAGCGGUGGACUUGAAUGUGAAAAUCUUGGACCUGAGCAGCACGUUUCUCAUGGGAACCAACUUUCCCAACAAGAUUGAGAAGCGGCUCUUGCCGGAACACGUUUGGCAGCACUUUGAGCCGGCCGGGGACCACGUCGUGGUGGACAGUCUGCACGCGGAGGCGCCGGAUGACUUGGUGCGAGAAGCUGCUUAUAAGGUUUUUCUGUAUCCCGAUGCUGGUCAGCUGCAGUGUCUAGAAGAACUGCUCAGCAACAGAGAUCUUCUGGCCCAGUUAGUGGGGUAUCCUACCUACGCCCACAGAGCCCUCCAGGGAACGAUAGCCGGAAACCCAGAGACCGUCAUGCAGUUCCUCGAGAAACUAUCUGACAAACUUUCUGAAAGAACUACAAAAGAGUUUGAGAUGAUGCGAGGGAUGAAAAUGAAACUAAAUCCUCAGAAUUCCGAGUUAAUGCCGUGGGACCCCCCCUACUACAGUGGUGUGAUCCGCGCAGAGAGGUACAACAUCGAGCCGAGUUUGUACUGCCCAUUUUUCUCCCUCGGAGCGUGCAUGGACGGCCUGAGUGUCCUGUUUCACAGGCUGCUGGGGAUUUCGCUCCAGGCGGAGCAGCCAGUGAGGGGAGAGGUGUGGUGCGAGGAUGUCCGCAAGCUGGCCGUGGUUCACGAAUCUGAAGGACUGUUGGGGUACAUCUACUGUGACUUUUUCCAGCGAGCAGACAAGCCCCACCAGGACUGCCACUUCACCGUCCGCGGCGGCAGGCUGAAGGCCGACGGGGACUACCAGCUCCCGGUCGUCGUGCUCAUGCUGAACCUCCCCUGCCCCUCGAGGAACUUGCCAACGCUGCUCACCCCGGGGAUGAUGGAGAAUCUUUUCCAUGAGAUGGGCCACGCCAUGCACUCCAUGCUGGGCCGGACACGUUACCAGCACGUCACUGGGACCAGGUGCCCCACGGACUUUGCUGAGGUUCCUUCUAUUCUGAUGGAGUACUUUGCGAACGACUACCGAGUGGUUCACCAGUUUGCCCGACACUAUCAGACGGGGCAGGUGCUGCCCAGAAGCAUGGUGUCUCGUCUUUGCGAAUCCAAAAAGCUGUGCGCCGCGGCCGAUAUGCAGCUUCAGGUGUUCUAUGCCGCUCUGGACCAGGUCUACCAUGGGCAGCAUCCCCUGGGGAGGUCGACCACGGACAUCCUCAGGGACACCCAGGAGAAGUUCUAUGGCCUGCCGUACGUCCCAAACACGCUCUGUUCCUCUCCAGGUUCACCUGCUUCUCCUGGAGGCGUGGUGGCCACCAAAAGGUCGGCCUUCAUCCCCUUCCAGCCUGGCUGUCCGCUGGGAGGGGAGCUGAUUUGGAAGUGCGCUGCAGGCCGCAGCGCGCCCAGUAAGCAUGGUCUGACUUGUGGUGGUGCUGGGCUCCGGCCCGUGCUGGGCGCAGAGCGCCAAUCUGACGUCGGCUCGGUGGCUUCACGGGCGGGAGCGGGCCCUGUAACUGUCCCCUGUCUCCCCAGGGCGGCGGGAGAGCGUUACCGUCGGGAGAUGCUGGCGCACGGCGGGGGCAAGGAGCCCAUGCUCAUGGUGCAAGGUCUGCUGCAGAAGUGUCCUUCCACCGACGACUUUGUAGACGCCCUCGUUUCUGACUUGGACCUCGACUUUGAAACUUUCGUCAUGGAUUCUGAAUGAUAGAAACACCUCAAAUCGUUUGUAAAUCAGUCGUGUCAUGGAGAUACUAAUUUCGUUGUAAAUGCUACAACUAUGAACACUUGCUUCUGAUUUCAGUAUUCAGCUCUGUAAUUUAUGAAAACCCUUAAACCAACAGAACUUGGAAUAAAGAAUUUCUUUCAGUUA